UAUAUAACAGCAAGUUUGCCCAGAGCAAAACGCAAUACAUAAAAGUUACACAUUACAUUCUGCUUGUUGGGGAGUAAAGGUUGAAAUAUCAAAGAGUGAAGGCUACAGAAAAUGUGCAAAGGAUUGGCUGCCUUGCCCCAGACAUGUCUGGAAAGGGCUAAAGAGAUCAAGACAAAAUUAGGAACUCUUCUCCAGAAGCCGGAGAAUGCCAUUGACCUCAUCAUCCCCUACCCUGACAAACCGGAAAAGAAACCCGAGAAGUUACAGAAGCCAUCCCCCGAUGAAGCUCUGAGGUGGCGUGAAUCCUUGGACAAGGUGCUCACGAACAGCUACGGCUUGGCUGCAUUCCGAAGCUUCCUUAGGUCUGAGUACAGCGAGGAGAACAUCGAGUUCUGGAUGGCUUGUGAGGACCUCAAGAAGACCAAGUCCCCAGUGAAAAUGGCUGCCAAAGCUAAAAAGAUCUAUGAGGACUUCAUCCAGACGGAGGCUCCCAAAGAGGUGAACAUUGAUCAUUUCACCAAGGAUGUGACUCUGAGGAACCUGAUUUCAGGCUCACCUACGACUUUUGACUUGGCCCAGAAACGUGUCUAUGCCCUCAUGGAAAAGGAUUCCUUCGGCCGGUUCCUGAGAUCUGAUCUGUACCAAGAACUGGUCAAGUAACUGCAAAGCCUAACAGAAGAUGUUGUGACAAGUAAAGGCCCUCUGAGAUUUCUUAGAGAGAGAAACCCUAAAUGAAUGAAUUAAUUUACCUUCAUUGGCAUACCAAAAGUAACACUCAAAGAGUUUAAUUUAAAAAAUCAUUGCAGGAGGAUUUUGUCAAUUUACAAAUACACGUAAAACUGAUAAAAUAAACCAAAAAGAGUUCACAUAACUGGCUACAUUUUAAAGAAAUUAUAUGAGAUGUACUAAAGUCUCAGUUAAGAAUUAAGUGCAAUUUUAACGAUAUGAGAACAUUUCCCUUCUUUAGUUUAUAAGAAUAUUAAUUUGGCUGAACAUAUUUGUCAGAAGUUUAACAAUGAUAAAAAUUGCCUCAAGCAAAUUCCUUAGAAUUUAGUACCUUCUAAGCAUGUAGGUUUUGUUAGCGGUCUGUUGUUCAAUAUUUGAAAGAAUAAUCACAUUCUUUACACAGGAUUUUUUAAACAGUACCUGCUCAUUUUCUUCUUCAGCGUUAUCACAUGCUUUCUAAAAUGCACUUAAAUGGUAGUUUAUUCCGAUUGCCAACCUUGUGUUGAACUAACCCCAAAUUAUGACUUACAUAAGUUAUUGCAGACCCAAAUUGAGGGGGGGGGGGGCCACCAAAUAUUUGCAAGAUAUCAAAAGAUGGCCUGUUAACAAGCCUGUUAACUUUAAUCCCAUGACCCUUGCACCACCUUGUUGGGCAUGAUGCCAGUGAUUCUACACAGUUAAGCAAUCAGCACACAAACUGGAAGGAAAGACAAAAUAGUUCACAGCGAAAGUAAACCCUGCUGAGAUUAAAUCAUUGGGAAUAGCUGAGGUUUGCAGUAAUGGUUUGUUAUAGUGGUUGCCAUUGUGGAGUAAGUGCAAAGGAAAGAAUUACAACAAGUGGAACUUAAUAUAAAUGUAGACAGUGUUUCUGAGAGGAAGGUUUUUUUUACUCAUACUACGAUUAAAGCAAAUAUUUUGCUUGUAACUGCCCCAAUAUAGAAAAGUCAUUUUUAGUCUUUCAAAAGGAAGGAUUUUGGCAGUACAGUGAAUACAAUUUGAAAUGUGUUGUCUGACCCUGAUUAUUGUUCACCUUUCUAAUACAGCUCCUGUCAUUAAUUUCUUUUGCACAUACAACACACAGGAUCUGACUGAAUGCACAGACAUUUUCAAAUAACUCAAACUUUAUCAUUUAUCACUAAAUCAUUAUUAUUAUUAUUAUUACAGUAAUAAUAUUGAUCUAACUGAAACAUUGAAAUUAUAUACAUAAUGCUGAAAUCUCUUCACAGCAAAAUAACAUUUUUGCCUUUCCUCUAGAUCUUACCACCUUAAUGCUAUAGCACUAUACAUGAGUAUUCUCUAUUCUAUUCACUACACAAGUUUUCAUAUGUAUUCAUUUUCAAUAAAACACUUUUUAUUAUGUUUUAUUAUGUUCUAACCAUAAAAAUCAUUAUAUACACAAAUGUAUUCAGCACUGUCCUCAGUCCUAACUGUUGUCCCAUUGAAAGAAUUUCUAAAAAGAAUUCUGCCGGUCAGAAAUCAAAGUAAUGAGGAAUCAAUCAAAUUAAUGCUCAUCUUAAUUACCCUGAGGAGAAAAUAGUGACAAAACAAUAAUCCCCAUGCACGGCUAAAUUGUUCUGUGGUAUUUUGACAUGUCUAUGGCUAAAAAUGCUGUCAAAUACAAAGUAAAUGACAUAUGUUUUCACAAGUCAUACCAGUAAAAAUGUGCAAUCAAUUAUGUUUCAUAAUACUGUGUAUUGGACUUGUAGAGCCAGUGCUAAGCAGUAUAUUUUACCACUUAUGUGCAUGUAUUUCUUGUAGUCAACAAUAUAAAGAUGAAUUGAUACAUUACUUUCCUCAAGAUGUAUUUAUUUUUUAUAUGUAAAUACUUUAUUAUUACGAGUGUCUGUGUUAAGUUAUUCACAGUUUGAUUUAGAAUUGUUUCUGAUGGUACGGGAAUAAAGAGAUAGGCAGUGCUUAUCUUUGGCUGCCAUAAAACUGUA